GUACUGUAUGUGGAGCAGUGUACAGUGAAAACCGAGGCUCUGCUGAGUGCUCUUCUCUUCACUUUCACAUAGAGAAACACUGACUGGCCACUCAAACACACACACACACAGAGACACUCAGAGAGGUCACUAUCACAUGACAAAGGCUUUGAGACAGCUUCAUCUUCCUCUGUCUGUAAUUUCCAUUUGCCUUCCUGGGUUUCAGUCUCUUGUGAUGUCAUAAUCCUACUAGUUCUCCAGGCUGCCGAGACUCUUCAUCCAGCAGCAGAUGGAGGCCCAAGCCAUGGAGCGCCUUGACGAUAAGAACCAACACCUUGAACUCGACUCUGUAUUCUAUGGGAAGCCAGUGCAAAGAGUGGAGCACAGGUCUGAUGUGCAGUAGACAUGGUCACAGUAAUGAAAGGCAGUAAUCGGAAUAAAGAUCAUUCAACAGAAGGAGAGGGAACUGGGAAACGACCAAAGAGAAAGUGUCUUCAGUGGCAUCCACUACUUGCAAAGAAAAUCCUUGACUUUUCUGAAGAGGAGGAGGAAGAAGAGGAAGAAGAAGAUAUCGAUAAGGUCCAGCUUCUUGGAGCUGAAGGUCUAGAGCACGAUGCUGAUGAAACAGAAGAUGAUGAAUCCUCAGAGCAGCGAGCCCGCAGGCCAAUGAACGCAUUUCUCUUAUUUUGCAAACGUCAUCGCUCCCUUGUGCGUCAGGAACACCCCCGUCUGGACAAUCGUGGUGCUACCAAGAUAUUGGCAGAUUGGUGGGCUGUCCUAGACCCGAAAGAAAAGCAGAAAUACACUGACAUGGCCAAGGAGUACAAAGAUGCAUUUAUGAAGGCAAAUCCUGGCUACAAGUGGUGCCCUACAACAAACAAACCUGUGAAAACCCAGUCAUCCACUGUUACAAACAGGAAAAAGCUAUGGGCCUUCCCACCAGAAUCUGCAAAAGAUCUACCAAGUCCCAAGAAAGUGGCAAAGAAUGAAGAAAUGCCUCAGCUGAACUUUGGAAUGGCAGAUCCUACGCAGAUGGGAGGCCUGAGUAUGCUGCUUUUAGCAGGGGAACAUGCCCUGACUGCACAAGAAGUUUCCUCGAGUACUUGCCAGUCUGAUGCAUCUAAUUCUACUGAAGCAUGUCGGAAGUCACCAUUGUUCCAGUUUGCAGAGCUCUCUUCAAGCCCAUCACAACCUGAUGCCCCGGCGGCUGCAAAACAAACAGAGGAGUCAGCACUGUUUCAGUUUGCGGAGAUCUCAUCAAAUACUUCACAGCUGGGGAGUCCUGAGCCUGUAAAGCACUGUGGGAAGUCAGCACUCUUCCAGCUGGCAGAGAUUUCCUCGAGUACAUCCCAUUCAGGCCCUCCUGACUUAACAAAGCAGUGUGGGACGUCAGCGUUGUUUCAGUUGGCAGAGAUGUGCCUUGCAUCAGAGGCGGUAAAAGUGAAAGAACCUGGGAAGGUGGAAGUGGAAACAUCAGUGGAUGUGAAAGCAGAAGCUCCAGAGGAAGUGAAAGUGAAAGAAUUGGAGAAAGUGAACGUGAAAGACUCACAGGAAGUAAAAGUGGAAGAAUCUGAGAUGGUGAAAAAUCAAAAUGACGAAAAGACAAAAACUGAAGAGUUGGAGAAAGUUACAAAAUGCAGUCACUUUACUGAUCCGGCAGCAGACAGCAGUACUGUAGAGAUAAAUAAUAGUACCAGUGCAAAGGAUCACACAUGCCAUUCUCAAGAGCUUUCACUUGCUGACUUUAAUACCCUGAGUCUGAGCAAACCAGAAAAGAUAAAAAAGAAAAAGAAAAAAAAUAAGCUGGACCGGCACACAAACGAAAAAUCCACCGCCAAGAAGGCUUGUAAAAAGAGGCAGUCCUCUGAGUCGGACAUUGAAAGCGUCAUUUAUACUAUCGAAGCAGUUGCAAAGGGCGACUGGGGUGCCGAGAGACUCGUCGAAAUCCCCCGGAAGAAGGUCCGCCCUGCCUCAAACAUGAAGGGAAGUGUGUUGGACACAAAGUCACCAAAGAAAAAAGUAAAAUCAAAAGAGAAGAGAGCAUCAAAGGAGAAAUCCUCGGAGACCACCAAAGAAUCAAAGCCUCCUGACUUCCUUAGUAUUACAGCCAAUACGGAGGCGCCUUGUGAGGUACCUGACAACAUAAAAGCAGAACCAUUAACCCCAACAGAGGAUGUGGUACCACAGAGUUUACCUGAACAGGUCAAAACAGCAGACAGUGACUGUAAUAAAAAGAUAGAAACCUGUGGCUCCAGGAAAUCAGAGCGAUCUUGCAAAGGUGCUCUUUAUAAGACUCUGGUGUCAGAGGGCAUGCUCACGUCCCUGCGUGCCAAUGUGGACAGAGGUAAACGAAGCUCAGGAAAAGGCAACUCCUCAGACCAUGAAGGAUGCUGGAAUGAAGAAAACUGGGCCUUUUCCCAAAGUGGGAUGAGUGGGAGUAAAAAGCUGAAAAAAACUAAGCCAAAGGAAGAAUUUGUUCUGGGUUUAGCAAAAUUGGAAGAAGAAUUUGAAAAAAAAUUCAACAGCCUCCCUCAGUACAGUCCCAUUACGUUUGACCGGAAAAGCGUAUCUGUUCCAAGGAAAAAGAAGAAGGUUGGAAGCUGCCCAGCAGAACAACCAAAAUCCAACAAAGGUUCAUUCCAGUCUCAGAAAAAGAACUUAUUCCACAAAAUUGUCAACAAAUAUAAGCACAAAAAGGAGAAGUUUAAUGUUCCGGAAAAAGAGCCAGCACUGCUGCAUGAACCCUUGGUUGGUAGCCAAAAGAGGAAAGCGAGGAAAACUAAGAUCACACAUCUCGUUCGGACAGCAGAUGGCCGAGUGUCACCAGCAGGAGAGGCUCAGGAGGAAAAACCAAAGGAGCUACCACAGAGUAGUCUCCAAAAAACAUCAAGUGCGGAGACCGAUUGCAACGACGAAUGUUCUAGAAGCACAGAAGCAGAGGACACUCAUAGUAUUACGCCAGGCAUGCCAGCUGUGUCUGCAUUCUUUAGCUUAGCUGCUCUAGCAGAAGUAGCAGCAAUGGAAAAUGUACACAGAAGUCAGAGGGCAGCGCCUCUCCCACGUGACGGACAGCCAAAAGAAAUGUCUCAGGCUCCGGUGCUUAUUUCCUGCGCCGACCAGUGAAGCUCCACCUUAUUGUAAAACAUUGUGCUUUACCUAAUAUCCUAGCCUUGUCUUUACCAAGGGAAGCUAGUCAGUCCAUAUGAUGGAAAAUAUAGACUUGCAAACAAGU